GCUCAACAGGGCGAAGUAAAGGAAGAGAUGGAAAGCAAGGGAAAGGGGCUUGUGUCUGUGUGGGAGUGCGAAGGCCACGCUUGCCACGUAGGCUUCAGAACCACUCUUAUCUUCUUCUUCUUCUUCCCUCACAGUUCUUCAUCUGUGAUUCACACCAAAUCCCAACAAUCAUGGCCCUGCAGAUGCAGGUUCCCACCGCCACCUUUCACCCUCCCAAAUCCAUUUCUUCUUCAUUUGCCCCUCCUCCUAAUGCUGGCCUUCGAUCACCCUCUGAUCCUUUUGCUCUCAAAUCGUCUUUCUUCUGCGGUUCUAUUAAUCUCUUGCUUCUGCCUAAUCAUCGAAAUCUUAUUUCCCGAGCGCCCAGGAUUUCCAUGCGCGUCGCUUCCAAGCAGUCCUAUAUCUGUCGUGAUUGCGGCUAUAUUUACAACGAGAGGACUCCCUUUGAGAAAUUGCCUGAUAAUUACUUCUGCCCCGUGUGUGGUGCUCCAAAACGAAGGUUUAAGCCAUACGCACCAGCAGUGGCGAAAGAUGCCAAUAGUACAGAUGUGAGAAAGGCGAGGAAAGCCGAGCUUCAGAGAGAUGAAGCAAUUGGGAAGGCUCUUCCUAUUGCAGUGGUGGUGGGGAUUGUGGCCCUUGCUGGGUUAUACUUCUAUCUGAACAGCCAGUAUUAGGAUCUUUUCUGUUCUUGUUCCUUCUAUAUCUGAAUUAUAGACUCUCGGAUUUUCUCCCUCUUCUUCUGCUUUUGUUGUUCACCUGUCCUCUGAUUCCUUUUUGCUCCCUUUCUUCACUUUCCCUUGUGUUGUAAGCAGAAGCAUGAACUACGGAAAAAAAAGGUGACAAUCAAUCUCAUGUAUCUUCCCAAAUGAUUAUCUUAUAAUAAUUUAAUCAAGUGCUUUUUACUCA